GACGCAUCUUGAAGUUUGUGAGCAUUUUGUCUGUUCACUAUUGUACAUACAGGAAGCUCUUACCACAGGGGUUUAAUUCUUCUACCAUGGAUUAUUCACAGUCCGAAUCCGGUGCUUCAAAACGCCUUUCAUGGGGGAGAGUGGUCCAGAAACUGCUCAAUCACGCCGAUGACACAAAAGCAACGGGGGAGAGAGAUUCAGGGUGUUUAUCGGUGCUUUUGAGGGAAGACGACCCAUUUGAAGAGGCUCUGUGUGCAGAGACGGUGGCCAACGUGUCUGAUGUUCUGAGCGAGGGCAGUGCUGAGCUGCUCGGCUCCUUCAGACUGGUUGUUCCUCAUGUUUUACUGGAGAGGAUCGGUCAUGAGCUGCUGCAGCUGGCGGCCACCGAACCCUGCGGUCUCAGAGGAGCCAUCAUUGACGUGUGUGUGGACAACAGCAAGAGCCAUCAGAGUGUGGGACAGAUAUCUGUGGACCCUGAUAUUGUUCCAACUUUCCAUCUCACGUUUUUACUGCGGCUGGAUCUUGGGGGACUGUGGCCAAAGUUUAAGAGUAGGCUCCGCAAUUCCGUUAAACUGAGCACAGGCUUUACAGUUCUGAAAAGGAAGCUGUACAGCACGGAGGAAGUCUAUGUAGAAGAAUUAUGAAGAUGGCACUUCUUUUUAAAAAAAUACUCUUACUAAGAUUUAUAGGCACACCUUACUUGAAAACUUUCUUAUUUAAAGGGCACCUAUUAUGUUUUUUUUUUUUUUUUUCAAAUAUUACAUUUGCAUGUAGUGUGUUAUAGAGCUGUUUGUGAAUGUAAAAAAAGUCUGCAAAUUUCAAAAAUCACAGCACGACAAACGGAGUUAUUGACUCCCAAAAGAAGGAACCGAUUCUGAACAGCUGAAAUGAGUCGUUAGUAAUUCCAAACUUUCUUCCUGUACUAGCCUACAUAAUUUAAUUUAAAUUGAGCACAUUAAAGUGUUUGUUUUUACCUUGGAUGCAUGUAACUCUAUUGUACAAGACCUUUAAAACAAAAUUAGUCACGUUUCAAACCCAUAAUAAGUGCACUUUAAGAAACUGACUAUGCAAAUAUUGAUGGGUUUGUAUUGUAUGUAUUGUAUGGGUUUUACUAUACACUUUAUAAAGCUGAUAUAGGGUAAGGUGUGUUAGCAUACAUUUAUAAUCUAGCCCCAUAAAAUACCAAUCACUUAAGUAACAGAAGCUAAAAGUUUUCAACUACCUCAGGAAAGAAACUAUUGUAGACAUUUAUAAUUGUGCUUGUGUAAUUUUAAACGCUUUAAUGUCUGCACAAGUUAAAUUUGCACUACCUCAUUAUGUGAUGAAGUUUACAGAUUUAUUAGUUUAUUUGAUUCUAUUAUAAUCAGUAGCUUUGUACACAAAUGAACACUUUCAAAAGUACUGAAUCUUGUCUUACUGCCAAAAGAUAUGUAUUGUACAGUUUAUUUAUUUAUACAGCCAUAACUUUGGGCUUUUUUGUACAAAUAAAACUGCAUAAUGAUGCCAAACUAAAGUUAUUCUGCUUAUCCAGUG